AUGGCAGAUGUGCAUAAGACCAGCACAUGCAUCUUGUUUCUGCAGGUGGAAGAUAGCAUGAUGGAUGUGUAUGAUUUCGUGUAUGAGGAGGUGAGGAGGAACACCUCCAGCUUCAGGAGGCAUGAACUGACUGCCAUCCAUGAAGCAUUCCUGUGCUGUGGGAAGCACUCUCCUUUUGGGGACACAACCAGUGUUGAGAACAAGACAUGUCCACCGGGCCAAGUGCACGAUGAAGGACAGGAUUGCCUGCAAGAGAUCCAGGACUUUCUGAAGAAGCACAUGGACUUUGCCUUCUCGAUCCUGGGGAUCGCCAUUGCCUUCACGGUUUAUGGGAUGAUCCUUACUUCAUUCCUCUGGUUCUCCAUCCACUUCAGCAGCAACCUGUAUCGGAAAGGCAAAUACAUCCUGCGAGAGAGGUAGAAACCUGAUGCCUGGGCAUCCCUACCAGGCAGAGCCAGCUCUUGGUGCAGGAAGAUGUCUGAAGUCACCCACAAAAUGCCCUGGGGAGGUAUUAUGUGGGGUCAGGUGGUGGGAUGUGUCACACAUUUCCCUUUCCUCCACUACUACUGGGCUCAGAGAUGCAGAUUCCCUUCGUGGGAGACAUACGGGCUGUGGCUCCACAAGAAGGACACAAAGAGUUCUCUACAACUAAAUGGAGAGAAAAGCCCAGCAAAAAUCACAGCAUUAACCCAAACUUCUGUCAUGCUGUCAUCUGAGCCGUUCCCUGUGACCCCCAAAGAUGCAAUGUUCCUAGGAAGAUGGCUUUGGAUCACAGCCCAGGAUCAAUGUUGCACUAUGAGUAAAUAAAUGACAGGAAGUGUGUCACCA